UUUGCGACUGUGUUGCCAGUUGCGCCGCAUCCAGACGCGCUGCCCGCCGCUGGCUGAUACCCGCCCCCUCCUCUCCUCCUCUUCCUCCUCAUCCUCAUCAUCAUCAUCAUCCUCCUUGUCCUCUCCGCGUCGCCCCUCAUCUUGGUGCUGUUGUGCGCAAAAAUCUCCCGCGCCGGACGGAGGGGACGCAGGAGGAGCCGCCGCCGGAGCGGACAUGGAUGUUUAACCAGCACGCUGAUCUCCGCAACAACAACACGCUGUUUGCAGAUUUUUCUUUAGAUUUAUUUUGGGGUUUUUCUUUUUAGGAUGUUGCUUUUGCCCUAGGAAGGGAGAGGAUCUGCUCGAUGUUUCUCUUCAGUUAAUCACGGAACCAAGAUGAGGAUUUCUCCCUGUGGUUGGAUGGUGUGGAUGUUCUCGGGCUUCGCGAUGGGAGCUUUCCCCAGCAGCGUUCAGAUCGGUGGUCUGUUCAUCAGAAACACGGAUCAGGAGUACACGGCCUUCCGCCUGGCCAUCUUCCUGCACAACACGAGCCCCAACGCAUCGGAAGCCCCGUUCAACCUGGUGCCUCAUGUGGACAACAUCGAAACGGCCAACAGCUUCGCCGUCACCAACGCCUUUUGCUCGCAGUAUUCCCGCGGUGUCUUCGCCAUCUUCGGCCUGUACGACAAGCGGUCGGUGCACACGCUGACGUCGUUCUGCAGCGCGCUGCACAUCUCCCUCAUCACGCCCAGCUUCCCAACCGAGGGCGAGAGCCAGUUCGCCCUGCAGCUGCGGCCGUCCAUCCGCCGCGCACUGCUCUCCCUGCUCGACCACUACGACUGGAAGAAGUUCGUCUUCCUGUACGACACGGACCGAGGGUACGCCAUUCUGCAGGCCAUCAUGGAGAAAGCCGGACUGGAUGACUGGCAGGUCAGCGCCAUCUGUGUGGAAAACUUCAAUGACGCCAACUACCGCCGCCUGCUGGAGGACCUGGAGCGCCGCGAGGAGAAGAAGUUCGUCAUCGACCUGGAGGCCGAGAGGCUGCAGAACAUGCUGGAGCAGAUUGUGAGUGUUGGGAAACAUGUGAAGGGUUACCACUACAUCAUGGCCAACCUGGGAUUUAAGGAUAUCAACCUAGAGCGCUUCAUGCAUGGGGGCGCCAACGUCACCGGCUUCCAGCUGGUCAACUUCAGCAACCCCAUGGUCAUCAAGCUGAUGCAGCGCUGGAACAAGCUGGACCAGAGGGAGUACCCGGGCUCCGACGCCCCACCCAAGUACACCUCUGCACUGACGUAUGACGGCGUGAUGGUGAUGGCCGAGGCCUUCAGGACGCUGCGCAGUCGAAAGGUGGACCUGUCCCGACGGGGGAACGCCGGGGACUGCCUGGCGAACCCCGCCGCCCCCUGGAACCAGGGCAAAGAAAUGGAGCGCACCCUGAAACAGGCGAGAGCAACACACCAGUGGACCCGGAGUUCAUUUAGUCACCACCAUGAACUGCUCCCAUUUGGUCGCCUUCUAACCAUAAAACUUCUGUUUUAAUUGGAUUUAAUGUGACAAGCGGCACAUAAAUGUAAAGUGGAAGGAAAAUAAAACAUGACUCUCAACAUUUUUCACAGAAAAACAUCUGAUGAAAAGUGAUACCUGGUUUGAAAAUGUACCUUUUGGUUGACAUGCCUGGACACAUUGUUCAAACGGCGAUGCAAAGAGAUAAACUACAACUGAAUAAAUUAAUCGUAAUCUAAAAAAAUUUGUUUAUUUCAGGAAAUCAGUGGAUUGGAUUAUGAUGGAGACGGAUUCAUUCUUUGUCUUUAUUUCUGUUUAGCUGCAUGAUGGCUGACAUGAUGAUCUAGAUUCACUGAAGAUGUAAACAAUACAAAACUGUAACAUAAAGUCACAGAUUUGGACAG